AUGCACGAUAAAAACCACAUUUCAUUCAGCGACAGCGACUACAGUGUCGUUGACAAGGCGGAGAUGAAGCUUUGCCAAGCGCCCUCCGCCCUUGCACUUCCAGGAAUCGACACGAUCACACGCAGAGAGGCUGCACGUCUUUGUGCCAGAGAUUUUCUCGAGAACCAUGCCUUCUUCAACGACAUCCAGUACCACAACCACCUUAUCCACCAUGUUCUGGCAAACUUCUCCAUGGGCGCGUCCGCCAAGCGUCUUCAGGAGGUUUUUGACCUAAACAACCCAGGCCAGCGACCUGCCAUUGGACAAUGUGAAGACACAACAGUCACUUCGGAUAACUUUGACAGAUAUUUGUCACAAGAGAAGCACUACGCCGACUACAUUGUUUUUUUCCGCAGCGAGCUUGAGGCUGCCGGCGACAAUUGGAAGGAUGUUGCCGUGGGGUAUUUCUUUGAUCCUCGGGUACUGCCAUUGGCUAUGAGCGGCUUGUCACAUCCAUUGAUCCAGCUCGGCUAUGGCCUGGAGUUUGAAAGCCAGACGAUCACCAUCAUGGCUCUCGCGCAGACAUGUGUGCACAAGGUGCAGUUUGGCAGAGCAUUCAGCCCUGAGACCAUUUCCGAGAUUUGCGAUAGCAAAGACAUCGAUGCGAAUGGCAGAAAAGGAUUGUCCAUGUGGCAAAUUGUAAACGACAUGAGCGAUGACCCACUGACAGACAAGCUUAGCUACACUUGUGCUCCGCAGUCGACCGAGAAUUUUGAUGUGGCACAGCAGAUUGGUGUCAAAUACAUUAAGUUGUGGAACGUCAACCCGACUGAAUUGUCUAUCAGAGCAAAAUAUGGCGAGCUGCUUUCAGUUGUAGCGCUGGUAUAUGGCUCGAUGACCAGGCCCGGGUACCAGAUGAUCCUGGAGUUUUCGAUCAUGCACAUGCUCACACCCUUGUACUUCCUACCCAUCAUUUUUGAUGUUCUGUCGGUCAGCCAGAGGGUCAUUCUUCUUCGCAGCUUUGCCUUGGGGUUCCUGGCCAUGUUUGCAACAAAGGGCUGCCCCAGGCUGUACGUUCCUGUUGAGCUUGCGUCUGCUGACACACACCGCAAUUUUGGCGAUGACGAGCCGCGGGGUUUAAAUGAGGCCAACCCGUGGCUAAGCAUCUUUGAAAAGGCCAUUGGCAACAGGGAAGUCCAUGUCCCUAAAGUCGUGCGUGCGCUUUGGCGUGGCAGUCUCAACAGCGCAUUUGCUAGCCAGACAGUUGCUGAAAGCGGGUACAAGCUGCCACCGCCUGUCAACUGGGCAUAUUUGGCAAAAUGCACCGUUGAUACCAUUGGAAUUAGCACUCACAAAUAUUCGGAAGAUGACGCAGAAGAGGACGCGCGCUACUGGGAUCGUGGAAUGGUCGCAUUUGAUGAGUUCUGGGACCAAUUUGGUGUGAAAAUAUAG